UUAGGUCGCCCUUUGAACACAGCUCGGUUCACAGUGAGAUUCACAGUCAGCACACAGAUCCCCGUCAAUGGAAACUCUCGAGCAUUCCUUCAACGGCUGUGAACGAUAUCACGUGAUCAAACCAGGUCAAGCAUUACUAUCCCCUUUUUCACCGUGACGUAAAAGUACCCGGUAGCUGUGUGGUAGUUAUUUAGGCCAACCUGCUGAGGUAGAGCUGUGGACAGUCAAUUACAGAUCACCAGCAAUGGAGACCAUCGUAGAUGCCUUUAACGACCUGGACACAUCACAGAAAGUGUUGUAUGCUGUCGGAGGUGUUGUCGUAGCUGUCGUGUCCGUCGUCGCUUUCAGGAAACUGUUUUUCAAAAAGACAAAGGCAAAGAAGGAGUAUCCCCGAGAUACAGUCAUCCUUUAUCAGAUCGGUAGAGGUCAUUUUGCCCCCAGCAUGACGCCAUUUGCUGUGAAGCUAGAGACCUACCUCCGGAUGGCCAGGAUACCCUACCAGAACGUCCAUGGGAUGCAGCGUUCAUCAAAGGGCAAAUUUCCCUGGAUUGAGUACAAUGGACAGGAGGUAGCUGACUCGACACUGUGUAUCAACUUCCUCAACCAGAAGCUGGGGGUGGACCUCAACAGGGAUCUGAGUCCUGCUGACAGAGGGGUAGCUCAGGCGAUGCAGGUCAUGGUGGAGGAACAUCUGUACUGGUUCCUUGUCCUCUUCCGAUGGAUAUAUGACAACGACAAAUCUUUGUUAUUAAAUACAUUUAAAAUUGGGAAGUUUGUCUUCUGGAUGAUUCGACGACAAGUUAAAAAGCAGACAUGGAGUCAAGGUUUAGGCCGACACACAGAAGGGGAGAUAACUGAGAUGUUUAAGAAGGAUCUACAAUGUCUGUCCGACUUCAUAGGGAAGAAAAGGUUCCUGAUGGGGGACGAGCCCUGUGAGACUGACUGCGCUGUGUUCGGUCAGCUGUCACAGGUCUACUGGCAGUUCCCGGGAACUGGGCACGAGGAUAUCAUUAAGGACAAACACCCCAAUUUGGCCGCCUACUGUGAACGUAUGAAGGACGCAUUCUGGCCCGACUGGGACCAGUGCAUCACACACGGCGGAACAAGGAAGGCAACCAAGUAGUAACUGUUCCAGAGAGCUUUAAUGGUUGUGUUGGCAUAAUAUGUAUUGCGUCAUUAAAUUAUUCACACAAAGUAUAUGAAUCAGACUUGACGGCCAAUAACGGUUGUCAUCUCAUGUAUCAUUCCGAAACUGGAUUUGAACUUGCAUUUGCAAUGUCUAUGAAAUCCAUGUUGCUUCGUUAAAUAAAGUGUGUUCUUAUU